CAGCCGGAGAGGAGAACAACGGAGCGGCUCCCAAACUGCGUUAUACUAUUAUAUUAUAAUUAAUAAAAAGUCAGUUUAGAUUAGUUAAUUUUUUUGCUCUUUCUUAAGAGUGACAAUUUCCUAGCGGCUGCUCGGGGGCGGUGCUACUUAGCAUUAGCUAGCUGGCUAGCUGGUACCACCUCACGAAGAGGGAGGAGCUGUGUGAACAGAAGCUGGACACAAACAAACAAAGGACGGAACAUAUUAAAACAAAUAAGUAGAAAAGUUUUAAUUAAACUAGCAUCGCCGACCGGGACCGCUGUGUCGUAAUAUUUUUGUUCAAGUAGCUGGUUGUUGUCGUACGUAACGUCGCUGUUAUGCGCACGGUAGUCUGAGGAUUAACAUCUGUAAACACUGGAUUCCGGAGGCUUCAGCUAACGCCGCAGGGAGAAAACAGUACACAACACUACACACACACACACACACACACACACACACACACACACACACACACACACAAUGAGCACCGAGGCAGAGACCACCGCGGCGUCCACUAAAACCACCCCGGAGGACGAUGGCAUGACGUGGUGGUACCGAUGGCUCUGCAAAAUAGCCGGAGUUGUGGGAGGAAUAUCCUGUGCCAUCGCAGGAGUGUGGAACUGCGUCACCGUGAACCCUUUAAACAUCGCUGCAGGAGUCUGGAUGGUGCUGAACGCCUUCGUGCUCUUCCUGUGCGAGGUCCCAUUCUGUUGCCAGUUCAUCGAGUUCGCCAACGCGAUCGCGGCCCGCGCCGACAAGUUCAAGCCGUGGCAGAAAGCCUUCUUCUACUGCGGGAUGGCUCUGUUUCCCGUGUUCUUGAGUUUCUCCUUCACGACCUUGUUUGGAAACGGCAUCGCCUUCGUCACGGGAGUUCUGUACGGCCUCGCGUCUUUAGGCAAAAAGGGAGACGCGGUGACGUAUGCCAGACUGCAGCAUCAGAAACAGGGGGAUGAAGAGAGGAUGGCAGAAACGGCAAACGGGGCUCCGGUGUGAGGCGCCCGCCAUCUCCCACUCCUCCUCGCACUCUCUUUUCUCCCACCAGCCAUCUUCCCUCGCUCUUUUCCCCCCGUUUCCGUUUCGACAUCAUUCUGAUACUGAGUUUUAUUUAUUGACUUAAACCGCUCCUGACCGGCUCGUGUCCGAGCAGAUGGGAUUCAGUCCCGCUAUUUGUUCCCCGGCGUGUUAGUGGGACCUCUUAAACUUUUGUUUUUAUGUGUUUGUGGUCUUCUUCUCGCGGGUUGUAUUUAUUGUGCGGUUCCCUUUUUGUUGUUGUUUUGUUUUGCCGCCGUCGGUCGUAAAAAAAAUUGACGUUUUUAGCCCGAGAGUCUUUCAGGAAAACCCAGUAGAAAUGAAUGUGAUUGUAAAAACGUAACUUCAGGUAAUCGGCUCUGACUCCCGAGGCUGUGAUUAAGAGUCGUCUGUCACCGCAUAUCUGUAAAUAUCCCCGAGUGUUUCCCGGUGUGAGAAAACGAUUUCAAACGACCCCUGCAGGCGAAACUCUGAAUUGCAGCCCCGAAUGAUUUUUAAAUACUUAACCCUCCUGUUACCUUUAGGGUCAAUUUGACCCCAUUCAAUGUUUAAUGUCGGUGUUCUUUGAGGUCAAUUUGACCCCAGGUUGUUUUUCACUGUGUCAAACAUAUAAGAAAUAUCAACUUUUUUAUAUAUUUAAAGGGCUAUUUAGGUAGUCAACAAACAAACAUAAAGUACCUCACACUUAAACUUGGGAAACAAUAUUAAUUCUAAUAAUUUUCUGGAGGUUUUAAUUGCUGGGGUCAAAUUGACCCCGAGGGUAAAACAUGUUAGUAAAUGUAAAGGUGACAGGAGGGUUAAAGUACGGCAUUAGGGAUAUGUGUAACAUUGGGAAUGUAUCUGGGAUACCCAAAGAUAAACACUGUUUAUGUUUUUCAUAUUUGUAUUUAAUUGGUUUAAGCUCAGCUGAGGUAUUGCGGCGUUAAACCUUUUGGUAGCGUAGACUCUGGUGGAAAGGGGCUUUCAUUAAAAGCUUUGAGUCCAUCCGUGAGCUUGUGAUCAAACAACGGUACAUGUGGUUCUGAUGGGGAACACUGGAUUAUGCACUUCCUUGUUAUCCUUCUUAGGGGUUGGGGGCGGGGUUAUAAUCUGUUUCUGAAUACCCGCUAUGUUUGUGACGAGUCUUAAUUGGUACGCUCUACCAAAAACACAUGAACAAUGAGGGGGGGGUGUCUGGAUUCAGGGACUCGUUGGUCUGUCCUGCUCACGUUCACCAAAGCCUCGGUUUGCCUUUAGCGGGUCAGCGAUUUGUGUUUGUGUUGUUGUUGCCUUGCCUCUUGUCGGUGUCAUCGUCAAUAAGGACGCUUUUGGGAUUCAUCGUUUAUUAUACACGCACCUCUUCCAGCUCUCAGGUGUCAUUACUCGGCAACGCACAACGUGCAGACACACACACACAGGAGUUUAUGCGUGGAUGUGCAAACUAGCAUUACUGUGAAAUACUGUCAUUUUUGUGGCAUUUAAAAGAUGCAUAACCAGCCGUCACGAGUGAUUGGACACGACACACACACACACACACACACCAGCAGUGUGCUCCAGUCUGACACUACACACUAACACGACUGUUCUGUUUGGAUGUGAAAUACAAUAAACGGCGUUCCCUGUCCACAAGCAUCCA